AUGGAGUGGUGGAUUCUAAUAUUAUCAUCUUUGCUGUUCAAACCAGAGUGGGGAAGCGCAAACAUCACACAAGUAACGGAUGUUGUCACUGCUGCUCCAGCAAAGAGAAACCGUCAUGCUACAAUUAUUUACGCCAAAGUCUUUUCCAAGGAUCCAUUCGCAACCUGUUCGAGGCCCAUGUGUUCUUUAAAAGAAAGGAUAACAAUGGACGACGAAUUGGAGAAGUGGGAAGAUUUCCGUCUUUCCCUACGUGUCGCAAACUCGAAGGACGCGUGCAAAAGACUCAGAAGUGCUGCUAGUAGAUACAACACUAUCCCACUACUGUUCGCUGAGUCACACAAGUGGGAGGAGAUUUAUAAUAGCUCAGAUAACCACAACACGUACACGAGUGGAACAGAAAACGAGAAGCAGGAACUUUUACGGGAUAUUGCACGUGAAUUCCAAAGCGUAAAUCGUCAUCGAAUUUCCAAGGUUCGAAAAUCGUGCGAAGAUCAUAAUGCCAUCAGAAAUGUCAUAUAUCACGGCACGAUCCUACGUGAUUAUGGGCCUUCUAGCAUCAAUCCUACUUUUAUCAGUCAUCAUUCUUUCAUGCGGAGUUUAUCAAUUGAGAACAAAGAAGUCGAAAUGAAAAUACUGACUGUGAACUCCUCAACUUCAACACUGAAAACGGACAAUUUUCACGAGCAGGAAAUUUCAUAUGUAAGCGUGUUUCGAAAUGCUUUGCUCUACAUUUCACCAUCACUGAAUUAUAGUCACGACGACUUGGGGAAAUUUAGCGAAGCCACGCUGGAUCUACAAUCCAUUUCGUAA